CAAGUCAAAGAAGUGUAACCCACAAAGUUCACUCCACAGCGGCAUCAUCCGUGCGACACAGGUCACAACAUAUUAGUGCUUUAUUUGUGGCUAAAGCACCUGUGAACCAUGGAAGCAGACGCACCUCAUGCCGAGGCAUCCCAGCCCGAGCCGAGCAGCGUGUCGGGCAGCACUCACACCAUCCCGCAGCAGACAAACGAGAACACGGAGCUCCUCAUCCCGAGCUUCAGCCCGCCGUCGGCUCCGUCCUCACCUACCACGACCAGCACUCUAUCGCGACUGGGCUUAAAAAGUCCCACCAGCCCUUCCGCACCCGCCCCUGGCAGCCCCGGGGGUGGCCAGGUGAGCGCCAUCACCGUGGUGGCCCUCCUGGAUAAGCUGGUCAACAUGAUGGAGGCGGUGCAGGACAACCAGCACCGCAUGGAGCAGCGGCAGGCCGACCUGGAAGGCGCCGUGCGGGUCGUGCAGGGGGACGUGAGCCGCCUGUCCAAGACACACAUCAGCACCUCCAACAGCGUCAGUAAGCUCCUCGAGCGCUCCCGCAAAAUGAGCGGUCACCUGAAGGAGGUGAGGGAGCGCUUGGACAAACAGGCCGUGCAGGUGAAGAAGCUGGAGGCAAACCACAGCCACCUGCUCAAGAGGAACCACUUUAAAGUCCUCAUUUUCCAGGAGGACAAUGAGAUCCCUUCCAGUGUGUUUGUCAAUGAUUCUCUCAAGACCCCACAACCGAGCCAGUAUGAUGCAGAGUCCACUGUGCCGAAUAUGUCAGUUGCCAGUUCUGUUGACGGCAUCCAUACGCAGGAGGAAGGUCUCCAGACCAUCAGCCUUUCCUCUGAUGACGAUGAUGAGCUCUCAGCACACAGAGCUGAGGGACACAUGAUGGAACCUGGUACUUCCCAGACGUUUGAGAGAAGGUCUGACAAGUUCAAGCGCUCUAGUCUGAAAAAGGUUGAUAGUAUCAAGAAGAGCAUUGAGAAAAAGAUGGCCCAGAUCACCACCAAGAUUGUCCCCCCAGAAAAACGGGAAAAAAUCAUGAAGAGCCUCAGUCCUACCCACCCUAAGAGCCCUUCUAUCAAAAGCUCCUCAUUUAAGGUGUCUCCCAUGACAUUCAAUGUGAAGAAAGUCAGAGAUGGGGAAGUUUCAUCCCAAGACCUUGCCUCAGGGGGAGGAGCACACGUGGAGAUUCCGCCACUAGAAUGCUCAGAUAGAGAUAUCCCUUUGGCUGCGGUGCACACCCAGGAAGGUGCUCCGGAAAAAAGUGGAGAAAUGCUGAUUCAGUCCACCUCAGACGACUUAAAAGCAGAGCUGUCCAUCAAUGGAGAACCAGCAAGCUUCCAGUGCGAAUUAAACGGUGAUCGUUCUGCUGGUCUCGCGGUCCCAGAACGUGAUGAUGACGUUGGUGAGGAGGAAGAAGAGGACGAAGAAGAUGAGAACCACAAAACCGAAGUGAAGACCGCAACCAAUGUGCCGACUCCGACGGAAACAGUUGCUUUGGAGCAAGCAUCUUAGUUGUUUAGGAUUAACCAUCCCUGUUGUUUUAUCCAGGAAGCAUAUAAAUUAGUUACAUAUUCUCAUGAACACACACAUUGAUACACAGUAGAAAACAAUCCUUACGUCCUGAGUUCCCCAAUGGUUGUGCGACAUUACUGCUUUUGACAAUGACCGACGUCGAAAAAGAACAUGACAAGGACUGCAGUAACUUAGACAUCAUAAAACCACUGCUCACAACUUCAAUCACAGCAUCUCCAGGGCACUGGUCUAACUAUCUCCCUCUUGCUGAGCUCCUAUGCCUCGCUUAUUGGAAAUGAAAAACAGCCUCUUUGUUCUUGUUCUUUUUUUUUCUUCAUUGUGAAAACUAGUAAAUCUCUGGCAACAACACUUGUACCCGCACAGCCUGUUGAGGUGGUAUGUUGCCAGGAUGUGCAAGAGCAGGAAUGGAGAGUUUGGGGAGGUUUUAAACUUGUUUUAUUGUGAACUAGAAAUGUUUUGUUUUCCAAAAUUAACCAAUGACUAUAAUUUCUAUCUUUUACUGUCAGCUAAAACAUGGGUGUCCAAACCUUUGCCCCCGAUGGCCACAUACAGAAAAAAAAAUGCUAGGGGGUUCACUUUGAUGCAUGUUGUGCAUUAAGGAGGCUUAAACACAUCCUUUGUCUAACUAUAUGUGCUAAACUGAACAAAAUAUCAACGCCGUAUCAGUCACAAAUUAGUGGGGUUGGUGGUGAGCUGUUGGAAGGUGGUGGUAUGUAUAGAUAAAUAAAUAAAGAUCAGGUUCUCAAUAGUAUUUGAAAUGGGGUCAGUGAAAAAAAUUGAGAAACCACUGGUGUCAUUUAAGAUUUUUCUCAUUAUUAUUAAUUAUUUUACUGUCAUCAUCACCGUGAAUAAUAACAAAAUGUUGUUAGAGCUAAUACACUGCAUAGUAUAAACAUAACACAAAGCAUGAAGGGGUGCAAACCCAUUCCAUUAAAAAAGAAAUACAAUGAUGUACACAGUAUGUUCAUUUGCAGAAAUGACCUGUCAAUGCAGGGCAAAUUCUUAGUGUUUUUCAGUAUACAAAACUGCUUUGGGAUGGUGUACUUUAUGUGAUGGAUCGUAGAUCUAUGCAUUUUUUGAGUGAUAAUUUGCUUCUAGGUGGUUGCGAGACAUUGGAAUCAAAUGUUUAGUGAUAUUUGUGCAUCUUCACAUUUAUCUUACCUUUUACCAUCGCUUGUGCUGCCUGUGACAUGGACAUACACACUCAUCAUCUGCCUACAAGAUGGUAUUAAUAAUUGCUCUCCUGAAGGAAUACAUUCCAGUCAUUUUGUGGAUAAUAAGUAAAAGGCCUCCUUUUGUUAAAGCUACAAUACACCACUGAUUGCCAAUAUAUUAUACAGGCGAUGUUUCUCAGGAUGCACAAGAGUGAAAUUUGCAUUACAUGUAGGGGUUAAACAUACAUGCAAGCAGAAAUGCAGAACCAGGCUACCUUCAUUUAAGCAUGAUGAUGGCUUACAUGCAUAUUUGUAAACGUGUCAAUCACUGACACCUUAAGAAAUGUGCUGAACAGGUUGCUCAUGUCCACUGGUAUAGGCUCCAGCGCCGCACGACCCUGAAGAUGAUAAGCAUUAGGAAACAGAUUGACAGACUUUUAAUGUAUGUGAAAAGAUUGUUAGAUGCAUUUUAUCUUUUUUUAUUACAGUAAUGUAAUUCGUACUACUGAUGAAUUGUCUCUAUUUUCUGCUAUGUGUGAUGCACAUUAGUGUUUUCAAUCUUACUGGAAUUAAGGCAUUUUCUGCUUAUCUUUUAAAAUGUUCACCUUUGGUAACAUACAGUAACUUUCUGUUUGAAAUAAAAAUUUAUAGUUGUAUGUGAAUGUAUGCCUGUUAUUUGUCUGGAAACAUAUUGCAGUUAUUUUCUCAUUCCAUGAGAAAGAAAGCAUGACAUGAUAUGGUUUUAAUAUGCUUGCUGGACAAUAGUUUGGUGAUUCAGAGACUAGGAAACCACUUCAGCCAAAGAUAUUUCCUUGACACCAGCAUGUUCCUUGCCACUUGAGUGUUAACGCUUGCUGACAUUUGUUUGCUAAUAUCUUGUAAGCUUGCAAGAAUUUCCUUUCAAACUUUCAUCAAUAAAGAAUAACAUGUG